AAUGUAUAAUUAUUGUGCCCUAAAUUAUCAUUUUGUAGUGGUGGUGGAUCUUAUGAUGAAGAAGGUGAUGGAAACAAGAUUGGCAUUUGGGUUGAGUUGUCAAAUGGAUUCUACGAUUCAUCACAAACAACUUAUAUUGGCGAAUAUAAAAAUGGUAAGAAAAUAGGUAGAUGGAAUAUUUUUAAUACUUAUGGAGAAAAUAAUGAGAUGUAAAGCUAUUAUAAACUUGAUUGUGUUUAGUGGAUGA